GCCGCGUAUGUCGUGAGGGGUUGGCAAUAAUCGUUACGGCGAUUGAUGUUUCGAACUUCACUUCCUCAGAUGGCUUUGACGUUGAAUUAGUGUUUUAAGGGUUUUCAUACAUGAAUGCUUCAAGUGAAAGGCUUUUUGAAUGUCCUUCCUGUGACAAGAGAUUUGCAUCGCAAGCAAAGCAAAAACAACAUUUAAUUACACACACUGAGGAAAGGCCUUUCAGCUGUUCUUUCUGUGUCAAGACUUUUCAACAUUCUUGGACCCUUAAGCAACAUGAAGCAAUACAUGGCAACAAGAAGCCUCACAAGUGUACGAUGUGUGAUAAGAGUUUCUACACUGCUUUUAAAUUAAAGACGCACCUUCGAGUGCAUAGUGAUGAGAGGCCAUACGUUUGUAACCAGUGUGACAAGAGCUUCCGUUGGUGGAAUUCAUGGAAAGUACAUCAAAAAUGGCAUGACGGGUUGAAGCCUCACAAAUGUUCAUCAUGUGACUACAAGACAUUGUAUAAAUCACAUCUUGUGGAACACAGAAGACUUCAUACUGGUGAGAAGCCUCACAAAUGCUCUCACUGUGAUAAAGAGUUCCGCACCAAAGCAUCACUUCUCUUUCAUAUAAGAAUACAUAGUGGUGAAAAGCCUUACAGUUGUCCUCACUGCGAACGACGAUUUUCUCAAUGGUCAACACUAAGAGAUCACAUUAGUACACAUACUGGUGAGAAGUUAUAUCAAUGCUCAAUUUGUGAUAAGGAAUUCAAAAGCAAAAAAUGUGCUUAUAAACACUAUGCUGUAGUGCACAAGAAUGAGAUAUCUAGCUCUGGGAAAAGCUACAGCUGUAGUCAGUGUAAAAAGGUUUUCAUUGACUUGGCUGGUGUUGAAACUACGAUCCGACUUACUGAACCUGUACAGCAAUCUGAUGCUGGUGAAAACUUUGGACUAGUAUCAGAUUCCAGUCAUGCAAAUGUGUCAAGCACUGGUGUGAAGUAUUUUAAAUGUGAUGUUUGUAGCACAUGGAACAACUCAAAUCAGGUUGGUCUAAAGUUGUCUCAUCACUCGUCACACCCUAAAAUCAAAGUGAAGAAAAGGCAGUUUUCUGAAAAGACCUUUAAGGGUGAAGAAUUUUUUGGACAAUCAUCAGCUGACAAACCAUCAUUUCUCCCUAACAAGAAGGAUUUCAGUAACAAGUGUUCUAAACAACCAAAAGUUGUAAGGACUCAGAUUUCGCUGAAUAAUGAAAAACAGAAAAUUAAUUGUCAUAUUUGUAACAAGCAGUUCAAGAAGGAGAGUCUUCUCGUAAGCCACUUGAAAACACACACAUGUGGCAAGUGUGGUGACGUGUUUGAAAAUGAGGACAAUUUAAGGAUGCACAGGAAAACCCACAGGGAUGAAAAAUGCUUUAAGUGCGAUUUUUGUGAGAAGAAGUUUAAGGAUAAAGGACAUUGUAAUAGACACAUGUGGAUCCACGCUGAAAGCAAACCUCACAACUGCUCUGAGUGCACAAAGUCUUUUGCUGAUAUAAGUCAACUGCAGAGGCAUAAAAAAUGUCACCUAGAGAAACGUUUUCAUUGCAACGAUUGUGGUAAGUGGUACAGAUGGGAAUUCUACUUUAAAAAACAUAGAUGUAAGAAAAGAAAGGAAGGUCAGAACUCUUUCAUGUGUGACAAUUGUGGUAAAUCUUUUGAUAAGGCGGCUUCUCUUAAAACUCACAAAAGUUCUCCGUGUCUAAAGCAGCUAAAAGUUGAUACAAGUGCCCUAAGUGUUGAGGUGGUUACCUUGGUUUAA